AUGAAAUCAACCAAAAUAGUGUUCCCAGUCGUUACUCACUCCAUUCAAGUGCUAGUUAUGUCAAUUCAGUGGACCGGAAAGAAGAUAUUACAACAAAAUCUAUUAGCCGAGUAUGAUCAACACGCGCCACCAUUGGAUGUGGGCAAGUCACCACCCCACUUAAUUUAUCUCUCAAACCCCAACAAUCCGAACCGUCCAUUCUCAUCCCAUAAUCGUAACGCCAAAAUCCUAGCCCUUAGAUUUCGGGUCCCCAUCCCUCUCAUGUACUUCCCUACCCUUCUCGGCCGCCUAUCUCCUCCAUUGUUAAAGAAACAGAAAGUUUCUUCAGCAGUCAGCUCUUUCUGCAAAGAUAGUUUGUGUAUAUGCCUGUGGUGGGUUUUUGGGACAAUGUUGGGUGGUGGAAAUGAAGGGUCCAAAGAAAAGAAGAAGUCGGCAGAGAGUAAAGUUUAUACGAGAAAAUCAUUCAAAGGGCUUAAGAAUAGUAAAAAUCUGUCAAGAGAACAACAGCCAAAAACUCAAGAAAUGGUUCUCCAGGGGUUGAAUAUGAUGAAAAGAUUAGGUAAUUCCAGUGUUGAUGCUGCCUCAGAUAAUUUUUCGGGUUUAAAUCAUGAUGGGUUGGUGGAGAAUGGCGAGAUUUUGAGGCCGGAGAAUAGGGUUACUAUAAAUUUGUCAAUGAAGUCGAAAAAGGAGGCGCGGGAGCUGAAGAGGAAGCUGGAGGGUGAGCGGAAUAUGGUUUGGAGUUUUAUAAAGAAGAUUGAGGCAAAUGAGAAGCAAAAGAAUGAUCAUGGGUUUGAUAAGAUUUCUGGGAAUAAGGUGCCUGUGGGACCGCCUCACAUAUUAAAACCGUUGAAUCAGUUGAGCGUGUCGGUAGUUGAGGAUAGUCAGGGUGGGAGUGAGAAUGUGGAGAAAGAGAAGAGGACUCCAAAGGCAAAUCAGUUUUACUGUAACUCCGAGUUUUUACUCACAAAGGAUAAGUUUCCUUCUGCAGAAAGUAACAAGAAACUGAAAUCAGAUGGGAAGAAGGGAGGGAGUGAAUUAGGUAAUAGUUUUGGACUGGGAAAGUUUUCAAAUCAAAUUUUGAAGAGUUGCAGUGCGCUGUUAGAGAGAUUGAUGAAGCACAAGCAUGGUUGGGUGUUUAACAAGCCAGUUGAUACAGUUGCUCUUGGUCUGCAUGACUACUUUGAGAUUAUUAAAAAUCCUAUGGACCUGGGUACUGUGAAAGCUAAGCUGAACCAGAAUGCAUACAAAUCUCCCAUAGAAUUUGCUGAGGAUGUGAGGCUCACAUUUCGGAAUGCCAUGACAUAUAAUCCAAAAGAGCAAGAUGUUUAUAUGAUGGCUGAGCAGCUGUCCAAGAUAUUUGAGAACAAAUGGGCGAGUAUAGAGGCUGAUUAUAUGCACAAGUUGAACCUUUCUGUAGAUGUUGAAGUGGGUUCCCCUACACCUACAUCUCGGAAGGCUCCUCCACAAUCACGACCAUUACCUGAUAUGAGAAGAGUUCUCGAUAGAUCAGAAUCGAUGACACAUCCUAUUGAUCCUCAACGAAGAUCUACCAAUCUUGUUCAAUCUGGCAGGAUUGCUACAACAAAGAAGCCAAAGGCUAAGGAUCCUAAUAAAAGAGAGAUGACGUUUGAGGAAAAGCAAAAACUUAGCAUAAAUUUGCAGAGUUUACCUUCUGAGAAGCUUGAAAAUGUUGUUCAGAUCAUUAAAAAGAAGAAUCCAGCUCUUUCACAAUGCGAUGAUGAGAUUGAAGUUGAUAUCGAUAUUGUUGAUACUGAAACUCUUUGGGAGCUUGAUAGGUUCAUAGCAAAUCAUAAGAAGAGUUUGAGCAAGAACAAAAGAAAAGCUGAAAUUGCUACUCAAUUAAAAGAUGGAGCUCAGCUGAAUCCCCAGGAAACAAUUCCAUCUCCAGUAGUUACAGAAAUUCCAAAUGAAUUUAUAGAAAAUAAAACAGAUGAAAAGAAUGUUUCCUCGCCUCUAGCUCAAGAUCUUCAUCAAGUGAUCCGGAUGGUGAAAGUACCUCAGGGUCUGGAUCUGUUGCUGGACAUUCUCCAAAUAAUUGAAUUGUUGAGAUCUCAAAAUUCACAAUGA